GCUAUGUUUAUCCUCCAUUGUCUUAUAGAAAACAAUACGAUUAAGUUCUUGGUCAAGAAAAAUAAGAUGGUUAUGUUUAUCCUUACAAAAAUAUCAGAGGCGACGACCUUUAGAGAAUCAAAUCCAAUAGUCUAAUUAGCAGGAGCAGAGCGACCCACCAAACAAGGAAAAAAAAAAGCAGGGGAACCGGUUUCCCUUGGGCAACGAAAGCUUCACGGCGAGCGAGGGAAAGAGAAGAGAAGAAAAGAAAAAGGAAAUCUCUCAUUCCCCUCGUCGCUCCCCGCGAGGAAGGCAAGGAAAGGCAGGAAGCCGUCCACUUCCCACUUCGGCCUCCGCGCCGGCCACUGACGUCGACGGCGAACCACUCGUCUCCUCUCCUCUUCUCCCUGCUGCUCCGAGUCGUCGCCUCUGCAUGGAGACGGGAGAGAGAGAGACAGGGGGGAGGCGGACGUCCGGCGUGCAGUACAGCUGCUAGCUAGCUUGCUAGCCAGUGCAGGGAGGGCCAUCAUUGUUGAUUUGAUCAAGCAUAAUCUGCCAUCGUGUGAUAGCAUCCUUGGCUUCCAACCAGCUACCUUUUUUGCAAGCUUAUCAAGGAUUGCGAAGGAUGUCGGUGAUCAAUUGGAGCUGCUGCUCGCUACACCGGAUUGGUGUAAUUGCGCAUUUUGCCAGAUUUGUCUUCAGCCCUGUUGUGUCACCAAAUCUUUUAGGAUAAACUCAUAAACAUGCUUUGCAGCCCGGCGAACCAUCGAUAUAAGGAAAGAUUUUGUUUGAUCGAGGUGGGGAUGGAUCAGCUUUGCACGAGUGGAGGCAGCGACAGCGACAAGUCUUUGGCGGCCGGCGAUGAGCCGGCGGUGAGAGUCCGAGGUGAAGUGGAGGCGGAGGCGGCGGCGGCGGCGGCGGCGGCAGAGGCGCAAGGCGGUGGCUGCUUCGACUGCAACAUCUGCCUGGAUUUCGCCACGGAGCCGGUGGUCACCCUCUGCGGCCACCUCUACUGCUGGCCCUGCAUCUACGAGUGGCUGCACCCCGGCGGCGACGACGACGGAAGCAACGGCGACGCGAGCUCGACGAGGCGGCGUCCCUGCCCCGUGUGCAAGGCCGCGGUCUCGCCGGACACGCUCGUGCCGCUCUACGGCCGCGGCCGCGGCGGAAGUUCCAAGAGGGCCCGAUCCGGCUCGGCCAUCCCGCGCCGGCCGAUCGUACAUCGGGAGCCCGUCGAGCGGCAGAGCGAUCGGCUCGGCGACGACGACGGAGGACACCGACACGGGAGCACGGGAUCCAGCCCGCCAGUCCGGUCACCGUGGCACGCCAAUCACCACGCCGCCGCCGCUAGCACGCCGGCGCCGGCGCCGGCGCGGUUGUUCGACGUGGUCUACCCUCCACCACCUGCUGCCGUGGGCGGCGUGGGCAUGUUCCACUCGACGACGACAACGACCGGAGGGAUGCUCGGAGGGAUGGCCCUGGCGGUGCUCCCGUGGGUGUCGCGCGGGCAGUCGCCGGCGACGGCGGCGGCGAGCGCGUACUACACGAGCCCUUACCACAUGAGCCCCAGGCUGAGACGGCAGCACAUGGAGGUGGAGAGGUCCCUGCACCAGAUAUGGUUCUUCCUUGUCGUGUUCGCGGUGCUCUGCCUGCUUCUCUUCUGAGAGCGGCGCACACCAGAUGAUCUGCACCUUCCAGGAGAUCCAAGUUGUACUCCUAACUUUCGUGUACAUAGGUCGUGUACAUAGGUAAAAAAAAAAAAGGUGCGUCAUGCCGCCCAGUAGGCAGUAGCAGUUCCGUACUGCCGUGCCAUCCAAAGCAACCCUCUUGCAACUCCUCGAGCAUGUUCUGAUUUAGGGCGCUGCUUAAGCAAAGGCCAAUGUGAAUCGAUGACUCAUUUUGCAGA